AUGGCUGAAGCAGACUUAGAAAUGGAUUUAAAGGAGCGUUUUUCAAGUGCUGCUAAAUUCUUGGAGUUGGUUGCGGGGCAGUUGAACUCAUCACAGUUGCUAGAAUUAUACUCAUACUACAAACAAGCGACGCAGGGGAGGUGUAACACUGCACGCCCAAGUUGGUUCAACAUGACUGCUCGACAGAAAUGGGAUGCUUGGAAUGCCCUAGGUAACAUUGGACAAGAAGAGGCAAUGAAAAGUUACGUGGCUUUAAUAUCACAAUUGUUCCCCAGCUGGGAAGAGGAGAGUGAAAAAACAUCAGCGUCCGGGUGGGUGUCGGUUAGCUGCAUGGCGAAAGAAGAACCUGAGCUGGCAGACACUGAGAAGAAACUUAGUGAUUGGGUACGAGAUGGUGAGAAGACCAAAGUGAAACAAUAUGCGACGAACAGCAACAUUGACCAGUUGGAUGGAGACGGUUUGGGACCAAUUCAUUGGGCUGCGGACCGUGGUAAUUUAGGCAUGCUUCAGUUUCUUAUCUCAGAGCUCAAUGCUGAUAUAGAAUUCAGAGACCAGGAUGGUCAAACUGCUCUCCAUUAUGCUGCGUCUUGCGGGCAUGCUGAUAUUGUCAAAUAUUUAAUCGAGCUCGGAGCAAACAAAACCGUGAAGGAUGCUGAUGGAGCCACUCCUCUUGAAGUUGCCUCUGAACCAGAAAUUGUCAGUUUAUUGUCAUAAAUGAUGCUUUUGUACAUUUCAUAUUCUUCAGAAACAUCUAUCAAUUAAUGUUCAUUUAGUGUUUUGUUAAUAAAUUAUUUAUAAAGUUCUGAAAA